AUGUACUGUCCCAACUUGAUAAAGUUUCACUUAAUAUGUAUUGGUCCAAUAUUUAGUGAUGAUUUUGAUCAAACAAUCGAUAAUUUCGAACAAAUACAUCUAACAAUACUAUUUUCGCUCGAACGAAAUGUUACAAUUUUAGAUGAUGAUAUGUCGGAUUAUGAUUAUCGUUCUGAUAUUGUUGUUCAAUUUAAUAUUAAAAAUAAAGUAAGUUUAAUGGGAAAUGCUUAUUGUUUGCAAUGGAACAGUUGUAAUUGA